CGGGAAGAUUUUCCGUCCGUCCGGCUCUGCGGACUCAAGGAGAGAAAGGACAAACCGUUCCUCAGUGUAACCAGACUUAGGACCUAAAAGGAUUCAUAAAUAUUUGUACACAGGUCCACAUCUGCCUCCCCAUGCAGAACUCCAUGAAAUGAAUAAAGCACCGCAGCCUAUAACGGGACCCCCCUCCACCCCCCACCCUGCCCCCUCCCCUGGCCUGUCACAGCCCUCAUUCUCCUCUGGGCAGCCCCCUUCUGUUGUGUUUGCCACCCCACCGCCUCCACAAAUGAACCCAACACCACAGCCCCGACAGUUUGCCCCAGGGCCCCGACCUAUACACCAACAGGGAAGCUUCAGGUCGCUCCAGCCCUACUAUACCAACAGGGCCAGCCUGCCUCCUGGCAGUGGGCCUCGAGGUGUCCCUCCCAGCAGUGCCCCUCGCCCUGUGACACCCACCCAUGUCUACCAGCCGGGCUCCCAAAUGAUGAUGAUCCCUGGGCAACAGUUGCCCUUCCCCAGCUCACCACAGGGACCUGCCUACUUCAUACAGGGACAGUACCGGUCAGCUACCUACGUGGCCACACCCCAGCAAUAUCCAGUCCCAACAGGCACCCCAGGCUUCUACCCAGGCACCAGUCCCGCUGAAUAUGGUACUUACGGGGCCUACUACCCCGCCCAGCCUCAGUUCACCCCCUCUGUGCAGGCGGCACCCGUCAUCAUGAACCCUGCCCCUCAGCAGCAGCAACCACCACCUCAGCCUCCCCAACACAUCCCCACCAAACGGGAACGCAAACAGAUCAGAAUAAGAGACCCUAACCAAGGAGGUCGAGACAUUACAGAGGAGAUUAUGUCAGGGGGCCGCAGUGGCUCUACCCCAACCCCACCACAGACAGCCAUAUCUGGAUCAGAAAGUACAGCAGUGGCACAGGCCAACGGUGAGAGCGUCACAGCUGCCGCUACACCAGCACUGGUUAGACCAGAUGACAGAGGUAAACCUACGCCUCCUCCUCUGUCAAAGACCCCUGAACUUUCUAAGGGUGACCCCAUCCCCACAGAGGCUACGUCCUCUGACACGAACACUAAGCCCCCUGCGCCCCCUCUACUAUCAGAAUCAGAGGACGCCCCUCUCAACACUAUUUCCACACUUGCACCCAGUGCUCCCGCUGCAGAUAUGAUGGACGCUCCCCAACCUCCAAGGGAACCCACUCCAACUCCUCAAUCAGCACCUGAGGUGCCGGCCUAUCCUGCACCCCUUCCUGACCCUGUGUCCAUCUCUACUGCACAGGACAAAAUGGACAAGAAAGCAGCAGCGGAGGAGGAGGAGGAGGUGGAGAAAGAGUUAGAGAAUAAAGCAGAAGAGGCAGCUGCCUCUUUGGACACACCUCCUGCCCCUCCCUCCACAACUAACGGUGUUGCCUUGGUCGAGCCAGAAAGACUGUCGGUCAUGUUGCCACCCACUCACCUGGAGACUCCUCUGGAGUCUCCCAUUGCACAACCUGAGGAGCUGUGCCUUCCUAACGGCCUGCCGCUGCCAGCCCCUCAAGACCCCGAGGCCCCUGCCAUCAGUGCGGCCGAGCGUGACGACAGCCCCAUCGCUGAGCCUGAUGUUAUUCAGCAGCCAGUCAUACAGACCUCCACAGCCAUAAGUCAGGCAGCGCCUACAACCACUGUCCAAGCCACAACUCCACCUGUUGACAAGCCUGCACCUGCACCCGCUGUCCAGGAGAUUCCAGCUGAACCAGUCAUCCAGGCAGCACCCGUACAGGCUGAGGAAGAAGACACAGCCCCUGCGGUUGCCCUGGAUGUUAAGGAAGAUACCGCAGUGCCCCAGUCCACUGCCAAGGAAGAGACGCCAUCUCCUGCAGAGACGGUUUCCAUAGCUGACAGCACACCAGAAACAGUGCCCACUCCUCCCCCUUCCACAGCAGAGGAGAGGGAGGAAAUCCCUCCUCCCCAGACAGUUACCCCUGCCCUUGUAGAAACUACUAUGCAAGCUGCUGUGUCUGUGCCAAAGAAAAAGAGAAAGAUGAAGGAUCUGAAUAAAAAGGAGGCAGUGGGAGACCUCCUGGAUGCCUUUAAAGAGGAGCAGGUAGUAACCCCACCAGAGCCUGAGCCUGCCCCAACACCAGAGCCUCAGCCCCCUGCUGCCUCCCCUCCUGUUCCAGAGGAGGCGGACCUGACCUGGGAGGAUAAGGAGGACAAGCUGGAUGCUGAGAAUAUUCAGCCAGAUGCUCCCAAGCCAACCGCCACUGACAAGAAGUACCAAUACAAAGAGGAACAAUGGAAGCCAAUUAACCCAGAGGAGAAAAAGAAAUAUGACAGGGAGUUCCUUCUGGGCUUCCAGUUCAUCUCAGCCAGCAUGAACAAACCAGAGGGUCUACCAGCCAUCAGUGAUGUUGUCCUAGACAAGGCUAAUAAGACCCCUCUGCGUCAACUUGACCCAAGCCGUCUACCAGGAAUGAACUGCGGUCCUGACUUCACACCCUCCUUUGCCAAUCUUGGCAGGCCUGGCAUGGGAGGAGGAAGCAGAGGACCACCUCCAGGUAUGGGAAUCGGAGUCGGUGGUCCACGACGCUCUCAGCAGAUCCAGAGGAAGGAGCCGAGGAAAAUCAUCACUAGCAUGUCACUCAGUGACGACGUGCAGCUGAACAAGGCAGAGAAGGCUUGGAAACCCUCAAUGAAGAAAACUGUUCGCAGCCGAGGAGGAGAGGAGACAGAGGAGAACGAUUCAGAGCAGAUCAAGACCCAGGAGCUGUUUAAACGGGUCCGCAGCAUCCUCAACAAACUGACUCCCCAAAAGUUUCAACAGCUAAUGAAACAGGUGACAGAACUGACCAUUGACACUGAGGAGAGGUUGAAAGGAGUCAUAGAUCUCACCUUCGAAAAGGCCAUCUCUGAGCCAGACUUUUCGGUGGCCUAUGCCAACAUGUGCCGCUGCCUUAUGGGGCUUAAAGUCCAAACCACAGAUAAGCCGGGAGUCACUGUGAAUUUCCGCAAGCUGCUACUAAAUCGAUGCCAGAAGGAGUUCGAAAAGGAUAAAGAUGACGAUGAAAUCUUUGAGAGGAAACAGAAGGAGCUGGAGGCUGCGUCAGGGGAGGAGGAGAAGCAGCGGCUCAUUGAGGAGCUAGAAGAUGCUAAAGACAAGGCCAGGAGGCGCUCACUGGGUAACAUUAAGUUCAUCGGUGAGCUGUUCAAGCUUAAAAUGCUCACAGAGGUCAUCAUGCACGACUGCAUUGUAAAGCUGCUCAAAAACCAUGACGAGGAGUCCCUAGAGUGCCUGUGUAGACUAUUAUCCACCAUCGGCAAGGACCUAGACUUUGAGAAGGCCAAGCCCCGUAUGGACCAGUACUUCAAUCAGAUGGAGAAAAUAAUAAAGGAGAGAAAGACCACCUCUAGGAUCCGCUUCAUGUUGCAGGAUGUUUUGGACCUUCGACGGAACAACUGGGUGCCCCGGCGAGGCGACCAGGGUCCCAAGACCAUCGACCAGAUCCACAAGGAGGCUGAGCUGGAGGAGCACAGGGAGCAGAUGAAGGUGCAGCAAGCCCUCAUCUCCAAGAAGGAGUUGGGUGGAGGCCCAGGAGGCAGGAUGGGUGGAGGAGGUCCUAGCGGACGUGGGGGCCCUCACACUCCGGGCCGUGGAGCUCCUCCCCAGGACGAGGGCUGGAACACAGUGCCCAUCUCCAAGAACCGACCUAUUGACACCUCUCGCCUUAGCAAAAUCACUAAGACUCCUGUUCUUGACUUCAACAAUCAGUUGCUUGCCCCAGGAGGUAAAGGCACAUGGGGGAGCUGGGGUAAGGGCAGCAGCGGUGGCACCAGUGCCAAACCUGCAGAUUCUGGCUCAGAGUCAGGCAGCCGUCCAACCACCAGUACUCUGAACAGGUUCUCAGCCCUGCAGCAGCCUCCAUCCUCUUCAGGCUCUUCACUGGACUCAGACAGACGAGUUCCUCAGAGAAACAGCUCGAGUCGAGAGCGCAGUGACCGCUUCGACCGCUCUGAUCGUGGCAGCGACCGCUUUGACCGUCGAGAUGACAGACGAGACGACCGUGAUCGCAACCGGCUGCAGGUCACCAAACGCAGCUUCAGUCGGGAGAACGAGGAGCGGAGCCGCGAGAGAGAGCAGCGCGGUUCUGCCGAUCCUGUCCGCCGAGUAGCAAGUAUGACAGACGACCGAGACCGAGGCAGCAGAGAGAGGACCAGGAGCAAAGAGAAUGUGAAGCGGGAGACAACUGCCACCCCUCCACCAUCCCAGACCCCCACCAAGCCUGCCUUGACCGAGGAGGAGUUGGACAAGAAGUCCACAGCCAUCAUUGAGGAGUACCUCCAUAUUAAUGACAUGAAGGAGGCGCUGCAGUGUGUGCAGGAGAUGAACAGCACUCAGCUGCUCUUUGUGUUUGUACGAAAUGGGCUGGAGUCGACGCUGGAGCGCAGCACCAUCGCCAGGGAGCACAUGGGCCUGCUGCUGCACCAGCUUAUUAAGAACGGCAUCCUGCCAACACAGCAGUACUAUAAAGGGCUUCAGGAAAUCCUAGAGGUGGCUGAAGAUAUGGCAAUAGACAUCCCCCACAUCUGGCUGUACCUGGCAGAGCUGAUCACGCCGAUGCUCCACGAGGGAGGUAUCCCCAUGGGAGAACUUUUCAGGGAGAUUUCAAAGCCUUUGAUCCCUCUGGAAAAAGCUGGAGACCUGCUGGUCCAUAUCCUCACUUUACUCUGCAAAGGAAUGAGCCAUAAAAAGGCAGGCACAAUGUGGAGAGAGGCCGGCCUCCGGUGGAAAGACUUCCUACCUGAGGAUGUAGAUGUCAACAAGUUUGUGACAGAAAAGAAUGUGGAGUUCACACUGGGUGACGAGUCAGAGAAGAGCAAAAAGAAGGAGCUGAGCUCCGCCGAGCUGAUCAAACAGCUAGACCGACUGAUCCAGGACAAGGCCGACAACCAGAGGAUCUUUGACUGGGUUGAGGCCAACCUAGAUGAGCAGCAGACCUCUUCCAACAUGUUUGUCAGAGCUCUGAUGACCUGCGUCUGCCAGUCAGCAAUCAUCUGUGAGAACCCAUACAAGGUGGAUGGUGAGCAGAUCAAGCAGAGGGCCAAACUGCUGCAGAAAUACCUGAAGGAUGAGCAGAAGGAGCUGCAGGCUCUCUACGCCCUGCAGGCCCUGAUGGUGCAGAUGGAGCAACCUGCCAAUCUGCUGCGGAUGUUCUUUGACACUCUGUACGAUGAGGACGUGAUCAAAGAGGAGGCCUUCUACAAGUGGGAGUCUAGCAAAGACCCUGCCGAGCAGCAGGGCAAGGGUGUGGCCCUCAAGUCUGUCACUGCCUUCUUUACUUGGCUCCGCGAGGCUGAGGACGAGUCCGACAACAGCUAGGCCCCACCCCCGCCCCACCCCCACUGGGAGAACUGGUGGGAGUUGAGAGAGGAUCCUUGAGGAGAGUGAAUGUUCUGUGGAUGAUUCAGAAGAAUCUGAAUCAGCAAAAUCCUUCUGCAUAAACAGAAAAAAGCAAGAAAAAAAUUCUUCAACUGGGAGAGAUUGUAUUAUGGAUCGAACAUUCGAUCAUGUUAUUUUUUUUUUGUUUUGUUUUAGGUUUUUUUGUUUUUCUUUGCGCAACCGAAUGUCUUUUUUUGAAAUAAUUGAGAAUACAAGAUUAAAUAGAGAGAAUAGUUAUGAGAGAGAAUGCUGAGAAGUUACAAGCCGUGGGAGAUGAUGCUGUUUCCUUCAGUAUUUUUUUUUUUUUUCCUUUUUUUUGAGGUUUAUCUCCUGUUUUCAAAUGGCUUUUCCUCGCCACGGCAACACUAUUCAAGACACUUUGCUUAAGACAGAUAUAAAAAAAAAACUUUAAAAGGCUGUUCACAUCUAUAUUUUUGAUGACUUCAUCCUUUAUCAUGUGGACAUGACACAGAAACAUUGUCAUAUCACAUGUACGGUGUUUGAUCUACAUGACGCGCUUAUGUAGACGGCUAGCAUUUUGUUCCUUUUUUCCGGUGUUGGAUGAUUGGAGUGUGUGUUUUAUAAUAAAAUAGAAAACUACAAAGAAAAGUGGCGAGAGCUGUCUAAUGGACAUUUCAGACAGGAAUUAAAGUAACGGUUGUGGACUCUUAAGAAUUUCACACACAGGAUGGUGUCACUGAGGAGAGGGGCAAUGAACAUUAACCGUUUUGCUGCUGGGGGGCGACGAUGCUUCCCUGACGCCCCUCAACCCAAUCCCCCCCAAACCCCUACCUGUCCUCCCUCCCUCCCAUGUGUCUGUUUUACUUGUUUCCCUCGCUUCAAAAAAUAAACUGUGGACUGAAAGGGAGCGCAAGAGCGAGGGCUCACGGCUGCACCCUCUAACAAAGCCUGUUGUUGGAUUUUAAAAAGACAAAAUAUCAUUAUUGAAACUUGAAAAAGUAUACAUCAAAAAUCCACUUUAAUGAAAAAGGACUUUAAAAAAGUAGAGUUUAACAGUACGAAUCCUAAGGCCUUUUCUGCUUCCAUGAGUGGAAAUGCAUUUCAGGAGAGUUCUGUAAAUAUAUGAUGGAUUUUUUUUGUUUUUUUCUUUAGUUUUUUUGUUUUGUUUUGUUUUGUUUUUCAAAGAAAAAAAUGCUAAUGUAAUUUUCCCCACCUCUGAAACAAAGUGGCAGUUUUCCCCUGUAUUUAUAUUUUCUCUCCUCAGCUGGCAGAAGGUGCUUGUAAUUAUCCACCCCAAGUCAUUGAUUACCAUUUAAUUGAAAAUUUGUAAAUACUUUUUUGCUUUUCUUUAUUAAAAAGAUAUUUAAUUAAAGAAAAUUAAUGCCUCUUUUCACAUCCAAAACUGGAAGAGAUAAUAAAGAUUGUUGCAAAUAAAAACAAAA